CUUAGUCCCUGAUGAGGUGAUACAGCAUCCCAUGCGAAUACUGAACUGUAAUGACAUCUAUAAACAAUCCACCUGACCAGUUGUGGAGCUGUCGAUAGGCAUGAAAAUCUUGGUUGGUGACAAGAUGGCGCGUCUUACUGACCGCGUCAGACGUGCCGAUAUCUUGGAGGAAAACCGCAAACUUGACACCUCACACCAAGCGUUGCGGCCUAUGUUGAUGAGCAAGUCCUUUUCCAAUCAGUCACUUCGUCCUACAGUCGGAGGCCACCUACGCCACUUCACCGCGACUCACCUUCCGUCAUUACGGGACACCGUCGGGCAACUGCUACACACGCCCGCUUGUUCGUCGACCUCUUCCCAUCGAUUUCGCCCUGCAGCGCAUGCCACUAUGAAGCGAAGAACGACGACGCCUUGACCCGACCCCUCCGAUCAUUUUUCCUUAAAACAUGGCCAACUAUGGAGGACCGUACGCCGGCGGUCCUGGCCAACCAUACCAAGAUCCCAGGUUCAGCGACCCUCGAACCCAGCAAUACUCCCCAAACAUCCCUCCUUCUGUGACCCCACAGCCAGGGUACCAGCAGCCAGGUACGAUGCCCAUGCAGCAGAUGUACGCCCAUCCACAACAAGCUUAUUCCGGUCAACUGUCGGCGCAAAUGCCUCCUCAACAGGAUGCCAUGAACGGUCUAAGUGCACAAAUGGGUGGUCUGGACGUGUCCGGUGCGCCGGCACGAUCUCAUCGCAAGAAAGAAAGACAUGCAUACCAUGACAUUGGACCGGCACCUGCUACUGCACCGCCGCCUGGCGUCGUCCAACCUCCGACGACAGGCAGUCCUCAAUUCUUCAACCAGGCACAGGCCGUUGCGGGCGCAGUCCCAGGUCAGCCCCCGCAGAGUACGUUCGUCAAUUCCGGAGACAAGCUGCGGAUGGGCGAGGAAGCUGUAACGACACAAGGUCGCGUGGAUCCUGAGCAGAUACCAAGUGUAUCGAGGGCACGAGAUCUCGGGACACAAUACUACCAGGCCAAUGUCUAUCCUACGAUGGAGAAACACCUUCCACCACCCGCUGCCGUACCGUUUGUCGCCCACGAUCAAGGAAACUCAGCUCCGAAGUUUGCACGGCUGACGGUAAACAACAUCCCCUCGACAUCCGAGGCUCUCACCUCGACAGGGCUUCCUCUUGGACUUGUGCUGCAGCCGUUGGCAGCACUACAAGAAGGAGAGCAGCCGGUACCUGUCCUCGACUUCGGAGACAUCGGACCUCCUCGAUGCCGGCGGUGUAGGACGUAUGUCAACCCUUUCAUGACGUUCAGAUCUGGUGGGAACAAGUUGGUCUGCAAUAUGUGUAACUUUCCGAACGAUGUUCCGCCUGAAUAUUUCGCCCCUACAGACGUGGCUGGGAUUAGAGUCGAUCGCAUGCAACGACCGGAACUAAUGAUGGGCACUGUCGAGUUCUUGGUGCCCAAGGAAUAUUAUACGAAACAACCCGAGCCUCUGCGGUGGCUGUUCCUGAUUGACAUCACACAAGAAGCCAUCAAGCGAGGCCUGCUAUCUUCUGUAUGUCAAGGUAUCCUGGAUGCACUAUAUGGCCACGACAGAGAAGAUACGGCGGAGGAGUCAAGUCUGCCUAAACUGCCGGCAGGCAGCAAGGUGGGCAUUGUCACAUAUGACACAGAAAUCCAAUUCUACAAUUUGACUGCAGGGCUUGGAAAUGCUCAGAUGAUGGUCAUGACAGAUCUUGAUGACCCAUUUGUGCCUUUAUCAAGUGGACUUUUUGUUGACCCGCAAGAGUCCAAGGAGGUCAUCACCACCCUUCUCAACGCAAUUCCCACCAUGUUCUUGAUGACCAAUAAUCCAGAACCCGCUCUACUACCGGCUCUCAAUGCUGCUCUGGCAGCGAUGGCCUCGAAUGGAGGAAAAGUCAUCUGUUCCCUAUCUACCUUGCCAACUUGGGGACCCGGGAAAUUGCAUAUGCGAGAUGACGGCAAAGGUCGUGACACGGACGCUGAAAGAAGACUCUUCACCACAGAACAUCCCGGCUUCAAGAAGACUGCGAGCGCGAUGGUGACGGCGGGGAUAGGAGUCGAUUUCUUCCUUGCGGCAGCUGGAGGUGCCUACGUGGAUGUAGCCACUAUCGGGCAUCUAUCACGGUUGACUGGUGGAGAGAUGUUCUUCUACCCCAACUUCGUGUCGCCACGGGACUCGCUCAAACUUCAGGAGGAGGUCAAACAUGCUGUGCACCGAGAAACUGGAUAUCAAGCAUUGAUGAAAGUGAGAUGCUCCAACGGGUUGCAGGUCUCAUCCUAUCACGGCUCGUUUCUUCAGCACUCUUUCGGCGCUGACUUGGAGAUUGGGACGAUCGAUGCUGACAAAGCUAUUGGCGUCACGUUCUCCUACGAUGGUAAGCUGGAUGCCAAGCAGGAUGCCCAUUUCCAGGCUGCCCUCCUCUAUACUUCUGCUACAGGGCAGAGAAGAGUGAGGUGCAUCAACGUGGUCGCUGGCAUCAGCGAAGGAGCCACGGAAACCAUGCGUACGGUCGAUCAAGACGCCGUUGUAAAUAUUAUCGCAAAGGAAGCAGCUGCCAAAGUCUCGGAGAAGUCACUCAAGGAUCUCCGUGCAGGUAUCACCGAGAAGACGAUCGACAUUUUGGCUGCCUACCGCAAAAACUUCUCUGGUUCACAUCCACCGGGACAGUUGGUUCUCCCAGAGCAUCUCAAAGAGUUCGCCAUCUACAUGCUGGGGCUCAUCAAAAGCCGAGCAUUCAAAGGUGGCGUGGAGCCCACGGAUCGUCGUGUACAUUCGGCACGCUUCAUGAGAUCUUCCGGUGUAAAUGAAACAGCCUUGUAUCUCUAUCCCAGGAUAUAUGCUUUGCACAAUCUGGUUCCAGAAGACUGCUUCGCCAACCCAGAGACAAUGCAGCUUGUUGUUCCGCCGACCAUGCGAGCUUCCUUUGCUAGGGUCGAGGAGGGCGGGGUGUAUUUGGUAGACAAUGGGCAGAUUGUACUGAUUUGGCUGCAUUCGCAAGUAUCCCCGAACUUCUUGGAAGACUUGUUUGGCGAAGGCAAGACCGGUCUACAGGAGCUUGAUCCCAUGAUGAACGAGCUCCCGGUGCUGGAAACUCACUUGAACGCCCAGGUACGCAACCUGCUUCAGUACAUUUCGACGGUACGUGGCAGCAAAUCUGCCUCAUUCACGUUAGCCCGACAGGGAUUGGAUGGAUCGGAGUUCGAAUAUGCUCGGAUGCUCGUCGAAGACCGCAAUAACGAAGCACAGAGUUAUGUGGAUUGGCUGGUCCACGUACACCGUGCCAUUCAGAUGGAGCUGAGUGGGCAGAGGAAGAAAGAUGAUGCCGCCGAUCAAGCGAGUAUCUUAGAUAGUUUGACGGGGCUCAAGGCGCCAUACUGGACAUGAUCUGUAAUGAUAAUAUGUCGCCCAAAGUGAUUGCUAUGAAGAGCAAAACAUACCCGUCUAUUGCAAUGGACAUGGAUGAAAAAGGAUUUGAAGGCACCUGGCCACUUUGGUGAUAGGUACAUACAGUACCUGCCACAAUUGCCCAACUGGGCAAAUGCAUCCAGUAGGGUAAACAUCCCUGCAGACGGCCACCCUCGCCCUCGCCAUCUCCAA